GAGCCGAGCCUCCAUUCAUGACAGUCCGCUGCAGGUGAGAGGUCCCGGCUCGGCCCCGCUCGGCUCGGAUCGGUUCUGCUCGGCUCGGCUCGGCUCGGUUCGGUUCUGCUCGGCUCGGACGUCCCGCAGCUCUGGACUGAUCCCGCACACACUCCUCCUGCAUGGAGAUCGAAAGCAUGGUGGCGAACAGCGCUCUGAUCAGAGCCAGAGAAGGCGGAGGGGGCAAAGGUCGCAGCUGGAAAUGGAGAGACAUGCUCCGCUUCGCUCACAUCAGCCAGUGUGCCGACCUGGCCGCCAGCAUCGAGCGGGACUACGACAGUCUGUGUGUGAAGCAGCCCAUCGGGAGGGAACUGUUCAAGCUCUUCUGUCAGAGUCGGCAGGACCUGCAGAACUUCAUGUCCCUGCUGGACGCUUUGGAGGUCUUUGAGACGAAGUUGGACGACGAGCGGUUGGAUUUCGGCUUCAGCAUCGUCCAGAAAUUCCUCACGACUCAGUCCAACCAGUGCGUGACGGUCGUGUCGAAGCACAAGGACAGCUGCGUGGAGGGUCUGCAGUACGACGCCUGCAGGGACGUUUUUCAGGACUGCCGGGCAGAUCUGCAUCAGUGCCUCAGUGGAGAGCCCUUCACUCAGUACCAGUACUCCAUGUUUUUUGAUCGUUUUUUACAGUGGAAGAUGUUGGAGAGGCAGCCAAUCACCAAACAGGCCUUCAGACAGUACAGACUGCUGGGGAAAGGAGGCUUCGGAGAGGUGUGGGCCUGCCAGGUGAGAGCCACGGGGAUGAUGUACGCCUGCAAGAAGCUGGAGAAGACCCACGUGAAGAAGCGGCGGGGAGAAGCCAUGGCGCUCAACGAGAAGCAGAUCCUGGAGGGGCUGGACAGCAGAUUCGUGGUGAACCUGGCGUACGCCUACGAGACCAAACACUUCCUGUGCAUGGUUCUGACCAUGAUGAGCGGCGGCGACCUGAAGUUCCACAUCUACAACAUGGGCGAGGCGGGCCUGCAGGAGGAGCGGGUGCGCUUCUACGCCGCCGAGGUUUGCUGCGGCCUGAUGCACCUGCACCGGAAGUCCAUCCUGUACAGGGACCUGAAGCCGGAGAACAUCCUGCUGGACGACAACGGACACAUCCGCAUCUCUGACCUGGGAUUGGCCGUCAAGCUGUCUGAGGGGGGUCUGGUGCGAGGCCGGGUGGGCACGCUGGGGUACAUGGCUCCGGAGGUGGUCAGCCACGAGCGCUACGGGAUGAGCGCCGACUGGUGGGGCCUGGGCUGCCUGGUGUACGAGAUGACGGCGGGGCAUCCGGCGUUCAGGGCCCGGGGGGAGCGGCCCAAGGCGGCCGAGAUGGAGAGGAGGAUCCAGACCGAGCAGGAGGAGUACGGCGACAAGUUCAGCAAGGCGGUGAAAGACCUCUGCUCCUCGCUGCUGAACAAAGACCCAAAAGAGCGGCUGGGUUGCCGCGGUUACGGGGGAAAAGAAAUCCAGUGUCACUCCUUCUUUAAGAAAGUCAACUUCCGGAUGCUGGAGGCCGGACUGGUGGAGGCGCCUUUCAAACCCGACCCCAGACUGGUGUACUGCAGCGACGUUCAGGACAUCGAGGAGUUUUCGGCAGUGAAGGGCGUCUCUCUGGACCAGAGCGACGACAACUUCUACUCCAAGUUCAACACGGGGAGCGUUCCCAUAUCGUGGCAGAAAGAGAUCAUCGAGACCGGCUGCUUCAAGGAGCUCAACACGUUCGGUCCCGAGGGGAGCCGCUCGCCGGACCUGGACUGGGCGCAGGCCCCCGAGAUGCCCAAACGCAGCCUGCUGCAUCGGAUCUUCCGCAGACACCACGGGCCGGACGCGCCGGAGGAAAACAAACCCAACUUGGUCUCCGGCGAAAACUUCAUCAAGUCGGGGAUUCUCAGCUCCACGCUUUGAGGACGAUCCCAGCUCAGAGACUGCUUGAAAGACUAAGAACCACCAUCCACUGUAGCAGAAGAGGACUUUUUACCCAUGAAACCUCUGUUGUUCACCGUGUUGGCUACAGCCACUUCCUGUUCACACUCGCUUCUUCCCUUUCUUUGGACCUUGACGCGCUGCAUUUGUCGACCUCUAAAGAUACAUGGUUGUACAUGACAUUUUCAGGUUGAAUAAAUGCGCGCACACAUCUGUAGGAGCAUCCUCCUUUCCAGCUCGUCUUAGAAAAACUAAUCGUCGUCAGCUGACUGUUCCGGUCUAAGGCACCUCAACACAUCAUGAGUUCUCGACCACAACUCAUCUAAUCUUGUCGUUUCUUCUGGGAAAUUCAGAUUCUGAGUUGUUCAUCAAACGUGAGAAUGAGAAAACCAAAAAGCUCCAUGAAGUCAGAACGUUCAAGUCGCAACACGUCCAAUUGGACUGAGACCUUGGAAUUCUACAGGGCGGAGGUUCAAAAAGCCCGAACCUGAAGGUAAAACAUUCGAGUUUCACAACGGUACAUCCCAUUUAACAUGGAACUGGGAAUUCCAUCCUGCUCUUGAAGUUCACAGGCUGUCUGAACUCUACCGGGGGAAGAUAAAAGAAACUGCCUUCUUCUGCAGUAAGAACUCCAUCUUUGAAACUCGGUAGGUUCUGGUUCACAAAACCCCUGAACUCAUCCUUCAGGUAUCAGCUCAGAAGAUUUAAAUUGUCCCUAAAGUUGGGCGAGCAGUUCUAAAAGCCACAUUCCCUUAUUUAUUCUCCUCCUAAUGCUUUUCCUAAUGGCCUUGUUUCAACGCAGUUCCUUUAUCUCCCUGUGAAGCACUGUGAAUUGCCUUGUGUUUGAAUGGUGCUAUAGAAAUAAACUUACCUUUACAUCUCGCUCACAAAGUCCAGGGCCUGAAAUCCUUGACGCUUCGUCUCCUUGAGGAAAGAAUUCCAUAUCUGAGCUUGGUUCAUUCCGGUUCCCUUCAAAUUAAAAUGCCAAUUCUGAAGUGAGGAUGGGAAGUUUUAGAAGUCCAGGCCUUGAAGCCACACGUUGAGUGCCGUCUGGAUGUUGGGCGCCCGAGUUCCCUUGAGCCAACAAUUCCAGGAUUGAACCCUACAUUCUAGUUGUUGGAAAGCUGGAAUUCAAUGCCGGGUUUGUAGUUUGCGGUGAUAGUUUUGAAUCCCAAGACCCCUUUAAGGUUAAGGCUGCGGGUUUGAAUUCUGAAUUCCCAGAUGAUCCAAAAGCCAUCCAAAAACCCAGCAGCACCCACUAGUGGCCCAACAUGAAAACACUGUUUUGGAGUUUGAUGCCAUUUCCGUGGAACCAGAUGAUCUCAGAACAUUGAAGAUGGUGCGUUUUCACGUCGGACGUUGCCGUGACGAUGUCAUUUUUAACCAUUUCCGUUGUGUUGUGUUCUGUGGGUGUGGGUUACCGUGUGAGAGUUAAAUGGAUGAAACCUGAUGCAAUUCUUCCACACUCAGAAUGAGUGAUUGUUUUUUAAAUCCGGAAACGCCAACUGGAAUCCUUCAACUCAUUCUUUUUUCCCCUCCAGAUAAUCAUGUCAUUAAAGGCAUUUCUUUGUGUCUUCAUCUUCA